AUGCUGCACGUUGAGCACCAAUGCGAACUCUCCGUCAGAGAAGUAGACAUACUGUUCGUACCUGGCAGAGGGCCAUUCCGUAAAAUCUUCGAUUUUAUUCGUCUGUCGCUGAUAGCCUCUCGCCGUAAUCCAGCGGCUCAGAAGUAUCUGCGAAGCAGCGCCUCCAUUGUCUAUGAAAAACGACGUCAUUUGCGACAUUUCCCGCACAUCAUUCAUCCGUUCAGCAUGUUCAGGCAUUUCUGGAACUUCCUGAUGAUCUUCAUGAUAACUAGUCUCCUGCUGCUGGUGCCCUAUCAAGCCACCUUCGAGAUGAUCAGGAAGUCUGAAGCUUGGAUUGCCAGUAAAAAUUUCCUCCUGCUACUUUGCUGCGUUGACAUAGUGAUCAAUUUCUUCACGGGGUACUUUGACAAAGAAGAGCACGGAGUGGUUUUGGAUCAGCAUCGCAUAGUCGAGCACUACAUCAAAUCAAGCACGUUCAUCCCCGACUUCAUAGGUUCCUUCCCGACAGAUUUAUUCUUCGUAACCAGGUGGCAGGAGUAUAUGGUGAUUCGCAAAACGUUAUCCUUGAUUUGCGUUUUCCGCGUGUUCUCUUUGGGUUCAUACAUAGAUCGCUUGGCCUUCGUUUACGACUUGCCUAUAGCACUCUACGAGUUCUGCAAAAUCGUCUUCUGGCUGCUAAUGGCGUUGCACUGGCAGUCCUGUUUCCACUGGCUGAUUCCCAUCGCGGCAGCUUCGAUGUAUCUUCCACAACCGCCCAAGAACGACUCGUGGAUACACGCUGCCAACCUUUGGGACGCUCCCAGGAAUCAGCAGUACCUGGCCAGCACGUUACGCGCCAUUGCCACGUUCCUGAGAGGUGGAUUGCUACACUCGAAUCCUCGAAACGUAGGCGACAUAUAUCUGAUCAUCAUAAUGCAGUUGAUCGGCAUCGUUUCACCUUGGUUCUUGAUUACUCGAGUCAUGCAGUACUUCAAGGGUGCCAACAGUUCCCGUCUGAGGUACCAGGGCACCGUGGCUCAGUUGAGGCAAUACAUGAGACACAAGCAGCUGCCCUAUCCGACCCAGAGACGAAUUAUAGAAUACUACGAGUUUCGUUUCCAGCAUCGAUUCUUUCGGGAGUCUGAAAUCAUUCAUACACUAUCAUCUCACAUGCGUAACGAGAUCAGCAUGCACUCUUGCAGGAAGCUGGUCGAGAACGUCACGUUCUUCAACAACCUUCCGCUGUCGUUGCUGAGCAGGAUAGUGUCGUUGCUCAGAUCGGAGAUCUUUCUUACGAACGACGUGAUCGUAAGGGCGAACCAAACUGGUGACUGUAUGUACUUCAUCGGCACGGGAACCGUCGCCAUUUAUACGGAUUCUGGAAAGGAAGUGUGUCAUUUGGAGGACGGUGCACACUUUGGAGAGGUUGCGUUGGUUAUGCCGGACGAGAUGAGGGUGGCAAGUGUCAUCGCUUGCGAGGUGUGCGAGUUGUAUAGAUUGAACCGAGCCGAUUUUGCUAGGACCAUACAUCCGUAUCCGAUGCUGUGGGAAAGGAUCAAGAAGAUCGCCAUAGAAAGACACGAGAAAACUAUGAUUCUCAAUGCACAGUGA